AGUUUACUCUCGUUAGAUGAGAUAGUACAUAACAGACAUACGACGUUUCUUUCACGCUCCAACAUCAGUUAAAAUUGACUGGCUCGUAGUUCUUGCAAGCUAGAAGUUGUCUUCUUCAAUCAACUCUUUUUUACUCCAUUUGAAAAGCUGUCCGUCUCGUGCACAUUUGUCCAUUCAACACUACGGUGGGCGCUGCCAAAGAAAACUACAGUAAAAAGACCAUGGCGUUAAUUGUGAACUGGUGGACCCUGGCUUUGAGCGCCUGUCUCGUGCUGACGGUUCGAGCUGAAUGCGGCAGAGAUUGCGCGCUAUGCGUUUAUCGACUGUUCCGUCAACAGAUAGAAAGCGACACAUUGACCUGCACAUUAGAGUGUGAAGGGACUGUGGACUCCAGAAAGCUGCAAAUCUGCAAAGACAUCCUGACCGAAGUGGAACGCCUUGCUAUUGAUAACCUCAAGCAAACAGAAGACAGCACAGACCAUCUGCUCACCAAGAAAUAUGGUGGCUUCAUGAAGCGUUAUGGGGGCUUCAUGAUUAAGAAGUCAGCAGAGAUUGGUGCAGGAGCCCCAACUGAGAGUGAUGGCACAGAGACCAUUAGUAAGAAAUAUGGAGGUUUUAUGAAGAAGGACAAGGCAGAGGGUGGAGCUGAAGACCAACAAGUGAAACUGCUGAGAGAGAUCCUCAGAGUUGGCCUCGGCUCAGAGUUAGAUGACCAAAAUGACGGGGAUGUCCUCAAACGCUAUGGGGGCUUUAUGUGGAGCGCACAGGGGAACAGCGAUCUUGAGGAGGCGGGAAGAGACCUGCGCAAGCGCUAUGGGGGGUUUAUGCGCAGAGUGGGCAGGCCUGAAUGGUUGGACAACCAGAAAAGCAAUGGGUUUCUGAAACGCACUUCAGAGGAUGGAGGUGAGACAGCGCUGCCUGACUUGCAGAAGAGAUAUGGAGGAUUCAUGGAUUAGAAUCUGAUCAAGCAGAUAAAAAAAUGGACACCCAUCCUAAACAACCUGUCCCUAUUUUGUGUAGAGCUUGCAUUGUACCAAUUUCAUGUGAAGCCAUUUUUAAUUUCUAUUUAUUUUGGUCUUUGCUGCUGUGUAUUCCUCCAUAAUGUAAAAUGUUAAUUUCUGUUCUCAGUGAUUAGGGUUUGUGUAAAAACAUAUUAAAGAAAAAUAUAUAUUCUCCCCUCUGUGCUGUCAAUGCAAUCACGCAUCAGACAUUUGGUCAAGGGACAUUUGGCAAAGAUAUGGACAUCAGGCAGCUUAAGAUACCCUUUUACACCAUAGAGUGUUACGCGUUCCUCAUUUAAUGAUCUAACCAUUUCUGGGUAACCUCACCAUAAAUUAAAAUGACUUUACAGUGUUGCUUUUUUUCUGAAAAUCUCAUCACAUUAGCAGGUCUGCUUCCUUCAUUGCACAUAGUAGGUGAGGUUAAGUCUCCGGUCUACCAUCUGCACUUGAUGUGUUUGAUUAAUACAUUAAUACAUUUUAACAACUGUUCAACAGCUUUUGUUCUGUUUAAAUCAAUGCAACGUUUCUGAGCUAUUAUCUGUACAGAAUACAAUAAAUUCAUCUUACUGCAGAAGUUAAAUGUCUCGGUGAGAUAUGUGUUUCUCACAAAUCAAGUUAUCCCAAUCAUUUAAGCUAUUCUCUAUUAGAAUGCCAUUACGUUAAUAGUUCUAGAAGCUUUUAAUUCAAGCCCCAACUUUUUUUAUUUUCAGAACUAAUAGUCUUACAAUCUGGUACUUACAAACUUUUCAAGAGAAAAGACUUUAAAAUGAAAACAGCCCAUUAAAAGAACUAUAUACAGAAUAUAUAAAUACACUGGCAGCCAAAAGUUUGGAAUAAUGAACAGAUUUUGCUUUUAUGGAAAGAAAUUGGAACUUUUAUUCACCAAAGUGGCAUUCAACUGAUCACAAUGUAUAGUCAGGACAUUAAUAACGUGAAAGUACUAUUACAAUUUGAAUAAAAAUUCCAGAACUUCUUAAACUACUUCAAAGAGUUCUCAUAAAAAAAAAUCCUCCACGUGCAGCAAUGACAGCUUUGCAGAUCCUUGCCAUUAUAGCUGUUAGUUUGUCCAGAUACAUUUCACCACACGCUUCCUGUAGCACUUGCCAUAGAUGUGGCUGUCUUGUUGGGCACUUCUCACGUACCUUACGGUCUAGUUGAUCCCAUAAAAGCUCAAUGGGGUUAAGAUCCAUAACACUCUUUUCCAAUUAUCUGUGUUGCAAUGUCUGUGUUUCUUUGCCCACUCUAACCAUUUCUUUUUGUUUUUCUGUCUCAAAAGUGGCUUUUUCUUUGCAAUUCUUCCCAUAAGGCUGCACCUCGAGUCUUCUCUUUACUGUUGUACAUGAAACUGGUGUUAAGCAGGAAGAAUUCAAUGAAGCUGUCAGCUGAGGACAUGUGAGGCGUCUGUUUCUCAAACUAGAGACUCUGAUGUACUUCUCCUCUUGUUUAGUUGUGCAUCUGGCCUUCCACAUCUCUGUCUGUCCUUGUUUGAGCCAGUUGUCCUUUGUCUUUGAAACCUGUAAUGUACACAUUUGAAAGACAUCUUCAGUUUUUUAGCAAUUUCAAGCAUUGUAUAGCCUUCAUUCCUCAAAACAAUGAUUGACUGAUUAGUUUCUUGAGAAAGCUGUUUCUUUUUUUGUUGUUGCCAUUUUUAACCUAAUAUUGUCCUUAAGACAUGCCAGUCUAUUGCAUACUGUGGUAAAUCAAAAACAAACACAAAGACAAUGUUAAGCUUCAUUUAAUGGAAAUAGUUUUCAACUGUGUUUGAUAUAAUGGCAAGUGAUUUUCUAGUACCAAAUUAGCAUUAUUACUCAAGGAUAAGGUGUUGGAGUGAUGGCUGCUGGAAAUGGGGCAUAUCUAGAUUUGAUCAAAAAUGACUUUUUUCAAAUAGUUUUUUUUUACAUCAGUAAUGUCUUGACUAUACUUUGUGAUCAGUUGAAUGCCACUUUCGUGAAUUAAAGUACCAAUUUCCU